AUGCCUCGCUCUCUCUCUGAGCUUCUCCCUUCCCUUGUUGCUGUGCACUGCUCAUCCCCCCUCUCCCUCCCCUCCCCCCCUCCAUCAGACCGCAUGCCGGCCAUCCUGCCAUCACAGCACCACGUCACCGCAUGGCUUCAAGGCAAGCUAUCAGGCCCUGACACCAUGCCGAGUGCUGCUUUUCCCCUCUCCUCCGCUCUCCCCGACUCUCCCUUUACCCCCCAUCAGACCGCAUGCCGGCCAUCCUGCCAUCACAGCACCACGUCGCUGCAUGGCUGCACGGCAAGCUCUCAGGGCCGGACGCCAUCGCCCACCUCUGCUCGCCCUACAACCACCCCGACUUGGUCCGUGUGGCACGCAGUGACGCCAGAGGUGGGCAAGCCGGCCUUCAACGGCCCGCAGUGCGUGCAGCCGAUUUCAUUGAAGCCGGCGCUCUCAUCCACCCCAAUCACGCAGCUCUUUGCCCGCAAGAGACAAAAAACGCCACCCACUGAUGCGGUGGGGACAGGAGGGGUGGACAAGCAGGAAGCGGAGGCAGGAGGAGGUGCAUUGGAAGAAGGGCACAGAGUGAAGGGCGAGGAAGGAGGCAGUGAGGAGGAGAAACAGCUGGCUGGGGUGCAGGAAGCACCGGUGGAGGCUGGGGCAGGGGCUGAUGAGGGUGAUGGGGCGAGUGAGGAGCAAGCAAAGGGUGGUUCCAGUGGCAAUGAGCAACAAGAGGGUGCUGGUGAGCAACGCAUCUUCCUCACAGUCCGAGCAGCACCCACCAGCUCCUGCUUCUGCUCCCCCUGUUGCUGCGACCGUCACUUCUUCCAAGCCACGACGGCAUCGGAGGGCGGCUCGAGCGAGAGACGAACAGACGCGGGCCUUGCGGGAGAGCGACCCGCGCAGACCGCGCGAGGGGACGGAUCGGCGCGGAGGCCAGCAGCGGAAUCGAGAGAGACGGGCGCAGAGGAGAGAAGUAACGAGUUAAGUGACGACGAGAUGGCGGAGGCGAAGGAGGAAGCAGGUUUGGAGAUGGAAGAGGAGGAGGAGGACAGCUUUCUUGCGCACUGGUCGUGGGCGGGGUGGGUGCGCGACGUCGUCGAGCUGCGCUUCCUCGAAAACGAGACCGCCGUCCGCCGCUCCAUGCCGCCACUUCCGCCCCAAUACCCCGCGUCCGCGCGGGCGAGCGCGCGCGGGAUACUGGCGGGGGACGCGGGGUACGUGCGCGCGCUGGGGGAGGUGGCGCGGUGGUGGGCGGAGAGCUGGCGCGUUCCGCUGCAGUACGAGUACGACCCUGCUGACGUGGCACACUACUUCAACCGCCGCCCGCACAUCGUGCUGCUGCGCACGCUCAAGAUCUCGGUGCUGCUAGCAGCGACGUGGGUGCAGGUGGCGAGGGACACGGGCGCCAUACGGGCAAGGGAGGCGGGGGGAGUGAGUGCGGGGGACGAGCGCAUCGCUGCCAUCCGCCAGCACAGCGCGCUCAAGCUCAAGCGCACGCUGCUGCGCCUCGGCCCCACGUUCAUCAAAGUGGCGCAGUCACUCUCAGCGCGCCCAGACGUGGUGGGGCCGGACACUGCCAAGGUGCUAGCAGAGCUGCAGGACCGCCUACCAGCGUUCCCAUCAGAGGACGCCAUGGCCGUCAUUGAAAGGGAGCUUGGCCGCCCCGCUGCCGCGCUCUUCCCCCUGCUCUCGCCCACGCCCGUUGCUGCCGCCUCGUUCGGGCAGGUGUACAAGGGGCGCACGCGGGACGGCAUGCGCGUGGCGGUGAAGGUGCAGCGGCCCAGAGUGCUCUUCCUUGUCGCCAGAGACAUUCACAUCCUGCGCAUGCUGCGUUUUCAUCAUUCUUUCUCAUGCUCUUUUCCCAAUUGUAUGCUUUCACCUGUCACGCCUUUUGGUCGCCACCUCGCUCACCUUCCCGGCGCUUUCUCCCUUUCCCUCCCCUUGCUCUCUUCCUCCUCUGCCCCCCCAGCUGCGGGCAGUGAGGCGGGUGGCGGGGAUAAACACGGACCUGGCAGCAUUGGCGGACGAGUUCGGGAGGGGGCUGUAUGGCGAGCUGGACUACCGCCAGGAAGCCAGCAACGCCACGCUCUUCGCUGUCAGUUCUGCUCCCUGCUGCUCCCCCUGUCGUCUAUGUUUGCCCGCCUGCUUGCAUGCUUGCUCUCUGCAUUGGCGGACGAGUUUGGGAGGGGGCUGUAUGGCGAGCUGGACUACCGCCACGAGGCCACCAACGCCACGCUCUUCGCUGUGCGUGCCACGCCGCUCCCUUUCAUGCUAGCGUGUCUAUGUGCUUGUGUGCUUGUGUGCUUGCACACUUGCCCUUCCCCUACCCCAUGCAUCCACUGCACCAUGCUUAUGAAAGCUCAUGCUCACCUCCCUGGCAUAACAGUCCCCGCUAUACGGUCGGACCUGACGUCGCGGCGAGUGCUGACGAUGGAGUGGGUGGAGGGCGAGCGCACCAGCGACCUGCUCGCCCAAGCCCAACCAAGUCCCUCCGCCUUCAACCCACUACCCCCUAUAACCCCUCUGCCCCGUGUCUCCCUUGCCUGCCACUGCUGCGCUGACCCCCUCCAGAAAGCACACGCGCAUCUCCCUGGCAUCACAGUCCCCGCUAUACGGUCAGACCUGACGUCGCGGCGAGUGCUGACUAUGGAGUGGGUGGAGGGCGAGCGCACCAGCGACCUGCUCGCCCAGGCUCAGGGCGUGCUGGGGGCCGCCGGGGGCGAGGAGGCACGGCAGCGCGCCAAGCAGAAGCUGCUGCGCAUGGUGGGCGUGGGGGGAGGGUUGAUGGUUGGGGAGAGGGGUGGAGAAUGGUACGGGGAGUGGGAGGGACAGUGGGAGAGUGGUGGGGGUCUUGAAUUACUCGUCUCUACGGUGGGCAUAGGCGUGGAGUCAUCAUUGGAGCAGCUACUGGUGGGCAUAGGCGUGGAGUCAUCAUUGGAGCAGCUGCUGGUGACGGGAGUGCUGCACGCCGACCCGCACCCCGGCAACCUGCUGCUCACACCACAGGGCCAAGUCGCGUGUUUGCAUGGGGCCAUGUUUGCACAGGUGUUUGCAUGGGGCCAUGUUCUUCACCUCCCUCUGCUUCUCCUCGCCUCUUCCCUCUCCUCCACCCUCCAGCUAUCUGGACUUUGGGCUGCUGUGUCUUAUGGAGCGGCAGCACUAGUGCUUCAAAUCUUCUUUCACCUCCUUCUGCCUCCCCUCGCCUCUUCCCUUACCUCCACCCUCUCCAGCUACCUGGAUUUUGGUCUCUUGUGUCGCAUGGAGAGGCAGCAUCAGCAGGCGAUGCUGGCAGCGGUGGCGCAUCUGGUGAACGGCGAGUGGAGCAUGCUGGCGGCCGACCUCGCUGCCAUGGACGUCCUCAAGCCCACCACCGACCGCCGCGCCCUCACCAUGGUGCGCCCACCAGCACAAGGCGAGUGGAGCAUGCUGGCAGCGGGCCUCGCUGCAAUGGACGUGCUCAAACCCACCACCGACAGGCGCGCGCUCACCAUGGUGGGUUCUCACACACCCCCCUUCACGCUCAUGAGCGCUGCACUCCGCCUGCCCAUGCCGUGGGCGUUGGAGGAGGCGUUUGGUCGCGGCCGGCAGAGAGGAGCCGCCUCAGGAGGCGCCCCCACCAUGCAGUUCGGACAGGUGACGAGUGAGCUAUGGCGCAUGGCGCUGCGCUUCCGCUUCCGCCUCCCCCCAUACUACACCCUCGUGCUGCGCUCCCUCGCCUCCCUCGAAGAACAACCUUCCACCUCUCCUGUACACAUGCCCAUCCCUGCAGGCAUCGGUGUGGCGGUGGACCCGUCCUUCCGUGUGUUCGCCUCAGCCUAUCCAUACGUGGUGCGCCGCCUCCUCACGGACAGCUCGCCCUCGUCGCGCCACGUGCUGCGCCAGCUGGUGCAGACACGCGAGGGCAAGCUGCGGUGGGAGCGCUUCGCCUCCUUCGCUGCCAGCUCCACACAAGCCCAGCGGUACAAUCCUGUUCCGCCAAUGUCGCUCCUCACCUCCCCCUCCUGUCCUCCGUCUCGCACCCACACUUUGCCCGUCUUCCCUCAACGUCACCUGCUAAUUCCCUCUUUCCUUGUGCCCCGUUUCUCCCUCCUGCCCCACCCAUGCAGCGACCUGGUGGCAUCACUGGCCAUGCCGUCGCUGCAAUCCCCCAUCCCCGGCAUGCCCCCCAUGCCCGGUGCCUCCCCCCUCUCCUCCUCCUCCGCCGCCACUGCUGGCGCCGCCUCUCCUCGCGCCACGCCCAGCCCGGCCGCGCUGGUGAUGGAUGUGCUGCUCUCCCGCCACGCUGCCAGCGCCCGCCGAGUCAUCCUGGAGUCGGACAUGCGGGCACUAGCAGAGGCGUUCGUAUCCCCAGAGGCGGAAGUGGCGCGGGACAAGCUGGCGCGUGUGGUGGCAGACGCCCUGUGCGCCUCACUGGGCGUGGCCCAGCUGCCCCUCGACGCCAUCACCGCCUCCCAGCUCUCCUCCUCUCCCACCCGCCUCCUCGCCCCCUACCCCCCGCCCCCCCCCGCCUGCUGCCGCUCUGGGAUUCGCCAUGAGUGGGAGGAGAGGGAGGGGAGGGCGACAGCAGCGGAGGCGGUGGCGAGGAGGAAGCGGCUGUGGCUGUUGCUGGGAGCGGCGUUUGGGCGAAUGGGCGGCAGUGUGGUGCUCAAGGUGAGGGUGGUGCUGGCAGCGCUGGCUGUGCUGCUUGCUGCACUGGGCCUGGCAUUAAAGAGAGUGUUGUUGGAUGCGGCAAUGCGCUUCAGGCGCCUCACCUCCCAUUGGCUCCCCUCUCAAGACGACCCCGCAGCUGACCAGCCUGCCUAUGCCACGUAG